GAUGAGACCGGGAAAGAAAUGAAAAGCCAGUUGCAACCCGUGUCAUCAUGCUGGUGGUGCUUUCGUUCCUUGUGCUCUUUCAUCUCGGAUCGGCUGCUAACAAACCUUCUUUUCUGUUGACAGCACCGAAAGUGCUCAACGCUGGUGAAACAUCACAGCUUGUUUUCACUGCCUACAACAUUGCAGAGGAUGGCGUGGCUGCGGUUCGUCUGCUCAGUUCUAAUUCCACUGUUCUGGCCUCCACAAGUACGAGGACAGCAAAAGACUCCUCUACCACAGUCCACCUGAAGAUACCUCUCAUAGAGUCUCAAGAUGCUUACCUUGAGGCAGACGGUGCAUUUGGCAGCUACCGGUUUCACAAAAGAACUUCCAUCAAAGUUGUGGAUAUCUCCAAAACUUUCGUAACUGUCUUGCAGACCGACAAACCAAUAUACAAACCAGGACAGCUUGUUCAAUUCCGCAUUCUGCAAAUCCACAACAGAAGACUUGCUCUCGACAAGAACACUACUGGAGAAGUGUGGGUAGAAAAUCCAUCUCGUUUGAGAGUGUCUCAGUGGAAGAAUGUCUCCUUCUCUGAAGGUAUGGUUCAGUUGUCGAUGCAAUUAUCUUCCGAGACCCCCUUGGGAGAGUGGAAGGUGUUCUGUGCAAUCCUUGGCCAGGAAGCAUCACAAGGUUUCCAGGUGGAUCGCUAUGUUUUACCGAGAUUCCAAGUGAAAAUCUUUCCGCCGCCCUACAUCUUGCCGGAAGACACUGUGACCAACUGGAAGAUAUGUGCCAAGUAUUCCUAUGGCAAGCCAGUACGGGGCCAGCUCACAGCCACUGUCACAUAUAGGAAGUACGGGUGGCAUAGCGAGGCAGGGCGGGUACUGCCAAGUAUUUACCACACAAGCGCCAUCACGGGCUGCUACGAAUUUCAAGUUGACGGAAAACAACUGAUGCUGGCGACCCUGAACCGUCGUGAGCUUAAUGUCACCGCAGAAGUGACGGAAGACGGAACUGAUGUAACAUUAACUGCAGUGGAGCUAGUGAAACUGUCAUGGUCCAAGAUCAAGUUGGAAUUUGUCAAACAAAGUGAAGUACAAAGUUUCAAGCCAGGUCUUCCAUACCAAGGCUCGUUGAAAGCGACCCUACCUGACGGAAGAGCAGUCCCAUCACAAAGGGUUAAAAUCUGUUUUGAUGUUUCGGGUCGUACCAAAGGAUGCCGGGCAUUUGAAAGUGAUGCCAGAGGCAUGAUUAAUUUCACUCUUCCGGCUGUACAGGACAAAUCCAAUAUAAACCUCAAGGCUACCUCUGGAGAGGAUGGCGAACUUUCUGGUAGCCGUGUGUCAUCUACGAGAGCUUCCCUUCAUUUAUCUCCAUGGUAUUCACAGUCCAAUGCCCAUGUUCAGCUACUAAGCCGACAAAACCCACUGAUUUGUGAUACUGAAGCUCCAAUUCAGUUUCGAUAUACCUUCUCCAACGAGCUACCUGAAGUCCCUUUCCGCUAUCAAGUUGUUUCUGGUGGGCGUAUUGUGAACGAAGGCACCUUUAUGACACAACUGUUCCCGGACUUCAUUUCUGACGAGAUACCCACGGAGAGCGACAUCGGGGCAUCACCAGGCUUCCUUUCUGGACAGUUCAACUUCGCUCCUCGACGAGAACUCAUCAGCUCUGACACGAUACGCGUCCUCCUCUAUUAUGUCCAUCCAUCUGGAGAGGUCAUCGCAGACACGAGGCAAUAUGAAGUUCAAGACUGCAUCAAGAACAAUGUCUCUCUGGCUUUCGUCGAGUCCUCAGCCCAGCCUGGCACUCACGUUCAUCUCACGUUGUCCGCAGCACGUGGUUCACUCUGUGGCAUUAGCGCAGUUGACAAGAGCGUACGCAUGCUGAACCCUGGUGGACAGUUCACCCGAGAAACGCUGCAACCCAUCUUGAAUUCGUUCGAAGAGAAGCCUGACAGAGAGAAGAUUGAAAACGGCCAUUGUUCCAAAGGGUGGGGCUUUGAGAUGUACGAGACGAGGAAGCCAACGCGUUACCUGGAUUCUGCAGCAGCAUUUGAGGCAGUUGGUCUGACAGUGUUAACGGACAUCGACCUGGACACUCGACCAUGCGUGAAUCCCAUACCAUACUGGCACCGUUGGCAUCCUUGGGGUGUCUUGCCACGCCUCCCAGGUCCUCCGGGCUUACGAGGUCCUCCGGGCUUACGAGGUGAUGCUCUACCUAUGGAGGCAGGAAUGCCAGCUUUUGCACCUCGGCUGCGACCCCAAGAAGAGCCCCAAGAUGUUCCAGAUACUGCAAAAUCAGCUGUUGAAGUGAGAUCACAUUUUCCUGAGACGUGGCUCUGGGAACUGUACAGAGUUGACGGGAACGAAGCAGAAACACUCCAGCGACAACUUCCCCAUACAGUGACCGAAUGGGAAGCAAGUGCAGUGUGUUUGAGUGACACCUAUGGGGUUGGAGCAUCUCUGUCUCCCACUAGAGUGCGUGGUUUCCAACCUCUCUUCACCCAGCUCACCAUGCCCUAUUCGGCAGUUCGUGGUGAAGAGCUCAAGCUAGUUGUCUCCAUUUUCAACUACUUUCCUCACAUCUGUCUUCCUCUCAAAAUAAGUCUCGAGGUCAACACAGAGGAGGUGCGUCUACUGACCAGAACCUCAGAUGGCCUUUGUGUUUGUGGAGAAGAGAGCGCCACAGUCAGCUUUCGCAUCGUGCCUAUCCACCUGGGGUACACAAACCUUACAGUACAUGCCCUGUCCCGUGAAGCCAAUAAGAAUCUCUGUCCAGAAAAUGCCACGGUCGACUACCGUCGUGCCCAUGACAGCGUGCAGCGUACGCUUCUGGUCAAGGCAGAAGGGCUAGAAAAAGAAUAUUCAAUGUCCAAGUAUCUGUGCAUUAACGAAGACGAUGACGAUCUAAAGGCCCAAACAUUUUUUUUGGUACCUCCGUCUGAUAUUGUUAAUGAUUCAGCGAGGGCUUUCUUCUCAGCUUCAGGUGAUAUAAUUUCAUCAACACUGGCUGGUUUGGAGAAAUUGGUUCGUCUUCCCGUUGGUUGUGGGGAACAGAACCUCAUUUUAUUGGCACCCAAUGUGUUUGUCCUCGACUACCUGACCUCUACUAGGCAGUUGAAACCUCAACUCAAGAAACGCCUCGUACACAAUAUCUUAACAGGCUACCAGCGCGAGUUGAAUUAUCGUCAUCCUGAAGGAGGCUACAGUGCAUUUGGCGAGAUGGACCCAGAGCCCAGCCUGUGGCUCACUGCAUUUGUGGUUCGAACCUUCGGAGGAGCGCGCCACUUUGUCACCAUCGACCAAGAAGAUUUUGACAGUACCGUGUCCUGGCUAUUAAAGCAACAGUACGAGAAUGGAUGCUUUCCUUCAAUGGGGACUGUACUUAAUUCCAAACUUAAGGGCGGCCUUAAAGAAAAGUCUUUGGUUCCGCUGACUGCAUAUGUGCUGAUAUCCCUCUUGGAAGCUGGAAGUGAUGCGCCAGCAUCCUAUGCAAGCGGCACCACCUGUCUGCUUGCCGAACAGCCUAGUGACAGUUAUACUCUUGCUCUAUCUACGUACGCCCUGGCUCUACUAAAACAUCCCAAAGCCUCUGAGCAUCUGGAUGCAUUGGAGAGCAAGGCUACAAUCACUGAGGACAAGAUGCACUGGCAGGAGGGCAACGAGUCCAUUGGCACUGCCAUAGAAACAGCAGGUUACGUCAUUCUGGCAACAUUGAAGGCCUACGGUGUAUCUGCUGUCAACAGGCUCUUGCCGGUCGUUCGAUGGGUCCUUGAACAGCGGAACCCCAAUGGAGGAUUUAUUUCCACUCAGGACACUGUGGUAGCACUGCAGGCACUAUCGGAGUAUGCCAAGCUUGUGACAUCGACCCCAAAGAACCUGUCCCUACAGGCAAAAACGGAAAAUGGCUUCAAUGCCAGACUGGGUAUUGAAAGGGAUAACCGUCUUCUGCAGCAAGAGGUUAAGCUGCCUCAACCCCCCUUGGAACUAGUCAUCGAGGCGUCCGGCACAGGCUGCGCCUUUAUACAGUCAACACUGAGAUAUAACGUUCUGUCAAUGAGAAACUCUUCACAAUUCGACCUCUCUCUGUCGAUCUCCGAUGCUGACUGUAGUCGACCAAAACUUACAGUGUGUGGCUGGUAUUUGAUCCCGCAAGGAUUAUCCGGAAUGGUUAUCGUUGAAGCUGACCUUGUCUCUGGUUACACUGCAGACACCAAAAGCCUGGACGACCUCCUCAACACAACCCAGGUGAAGAGAUAUGAAGUUCACGAAGAUAAAGUCAAUUUGUACUUCGAUUAUAUGGUAGAUACUGAAACAUGCGUGACCUUUGGGCUCCUUCGCGAACACAUAGUGGAGAACGCUGCACCAGCCAUCGUGGUCCUACGAGAUUACUACGACCCAGACGAAUUUCAAGCAACAAGCUACAGCAUUGGCCCCUGCAUCGAAGAUGGACAAGACGACACAAUUUUGGGAAGAGGUCGACGACCUUUGGGAUUACCCAGAUUGAAUAGUUUCGAAACGUUCGAGGAUGUGGAUUUCGAACUGGAGUUCCCGAAUGGACCUGAGACCAAUGGCAUAGUUACAGCUGAACCUGCCCCACAUUCGUAUGAUUUCAAGCCAUGUCCAACAUGCUGGAACAAUGUGCCACCAAAUUUCAGCAGCCUUUAUUGCGAGUCUGCAUCAGUACUCCGUGUGCAGCUGUUACACACUACUCAACAUAAGUUGCGAGUGAGUCACAACGUGAGUCCGAGGUUACACAGAAGGCUGCCUGUUGGGGAUGUUGCUGUCCAUACUCUCUCCAGAGACUGCUCCUGCGAACCUCUAACUAGGGAUUUUUCGUCGAAAAACAUUCUUUUGGUGAUGGGUGACCGGAAUAUGCUGUCGACUACACGGCUGGGAACACUCAGCCUCAAGGUAACGGGAAGAACAACAAUAAUACCGGUGCCAGACACAGAGACAGAGGCAAAGAUUCUCCAAGCUGCGCGCAAAGAAUGUCCACCACCCUAAAAUGGUCUCGUCUUUGCUGUAUCAAGGGCACUGUAUAAGGGCAGUGCAAGUGCUUUCUUUCUAGCACAACCUACCUGCUGAACAUAAAGCAUGAUUCAUUUCA